AUGACAGGGAAGCAAAAAAUGUGCCCGACCAAAUCUGGCACUGCAAAGGAUAAUAUGUGGAUUCAGCGAACUGAGGCAUUGUCUCAGCGAUCGCAGUCGUUUACGUCUCGUGAGCAGCAUCGAAAAGAGGUUCGUCUCCGUGCCCAGCGGAUUUUGGAGGAGAACUGCCGCAGCAUGGAGGAAAGGCAACGCGAAAAGGAAGAAUUGGCAAACAGGGUGAGGUUGGCCGCCAUGCAAAGAAGGCUCACGGACAUUCAAAGGUUAAACCGCGCGACGGAGAAAAGGGUGCAACAUGCCAAAAUGCUUCAAGAAAGUCAAAUGCAGGCCCGUGGGGAAAAGCUUCAAGCUGGUCUUCAGAAACUAGACGAGGCCUCGUAUCGGCGUGAAAAGACAUUGACGUUUUAUCGUUUGCGCACGGCGCAGCAAGUACUUUCGACGUCUGAGCGGGCCAAAGUCAAUCGUUCCUUAAUUGAGAGGGAGGUACGGGCAAGACAACACCUCCAUGAGGAACGUGAGGAGGCUCGCCAAAGGGCUGCCGAGGAGGAGAAAAUUAAUAGGGAGAUUGAGUUGCAGCAACGUGGGCUUCUUCGUGAUCAACGUGUAUUGAACUCAAUCGAGUACCAAAGACAAAGGGAUCAUCUUAUCCGUGAAAAGGGACUGCAGCGUGAGCGUGCACAUGAGGAAAGACUCCAGCAGCACAAGCUACAAAAGGGAAGAUGGGGGUUUGGGAAAGCUUGGUGCGGUGCGGAUGGAGUCGAAGUUCCAUCUAGCGCGUGGCAAUCGAGCGGAAAGAAUGCGUCGGCUAGUGGGAACGACGAGAAGACAACUUGUGCUUAUCGCCGUGCAGUGACUUCGUUAGGUAUUAUUUCAUGUUGA